UGGGAUUUGUUUGUGUGUUACAAGCUAAAGCAUAAUAUGGCUUGUCAAGUUUUUUGUUUGCAGCUUUUUUUUUAGUUUAAUUAAACAAGUUGAAUUCACAGCAUUAGCAUAAUUAUAAAAAUCAGAAAUUAAUAUUUUUUUUACUGUUGUAUUAUUCUAUGCAAGUCAAUGGAGAUAAAGUUCACGAGAUAAAAAAUGACUCAAGUUUUGGGAACUGUAGACCCUCGUCAGCGGUUUAAAACAAAGAAAAAAGCGCAAUCGUUGCAAUCCAAGACCCCAUUGGUUAUUGAUGAUUCAGGUGAGCUACUUUUGAGACCAUCUCGUUCACCAUCUAUUCCUGGUUAUGAUUGUCAGUUACACAACGCAAUUAUGAUUGAAGACGUAGAAGCGGUGCGGUCUUUGUUAGAAGCAGAGGUUUUAAAUAUAAAUGGAUUUGGAGCACAUGGCAUCACAGUUUUACAUCAUGCAUGCACCGGAGGAAAUCUAGAAAUUGUUAAACUUUUAGUUGAAGCUGGCGCAGAUAUAGGCCUCCCAACUAAAGACGGGAAAACACCAUUAAGUCUUGCGGUAAGCAAUGGUUAUUUUGAUGUUUCUGAAUACUUAAUACUAAAAGGAGCAAAAGAUAUCGAAAUAAAAGAUGGAUUAAAAGUGAAACCAACGUAAUAACACAAUUUAAUUUGGAGACAAGCAAUAGACAGUUUUUUGUUCCUAACACGUUAGAAGCCCGUGUUACACCUAUUUAAAGAUAAUAAAACAAAACCUGAAAUUAUUUAA